AUGCCGUUGAAGAGUCGGCUUUGGGAGCUCUUUACCUGGCGGAAAGGUGGUCCAGAUGGGGACUUGGCCUUCACCUCUUUGUCGCCCAUGCAAGUCGUGCACCGAGAAGAGGGGGUCAGAUCCACUGCGCACAUGCACUUGAUGAGGGAAAUCUCUAGGGGGAGAGCUGCUGAGCUUGGAACCCCGCUGUAUAGCCUCUUGAAAGAAAGGGCCAGGCUGUCGGAAGUGGAAGACCGAAGCUUCAAGUUGGCCCGCGUCCGAGAGAUGCAGACAUCCCGCAUGCUGGAAAAGGAAAUAAGCCAAGAGGACAUUCCUCCUGUGCCUGCUGUCUCUGGGCCCUUUCGCCGCCCAAGCGUCGUAAGACCUUCCUCACCUUUGCAAGGGAAAUCACUCCCAGCGAGCCAGCAACCCUCUGUGGGUCCCGAUGGACAACUGCAGGAUUUCUGGAGCUCCCUACAUGUGGAUCAAGAAGGCGAUCAAGGAGGCCUUGAGGAUGAAGAGCAUGAAGAACGCAGCGAAGGCGAAGGUGAAGCGUGGGAGAUUCCUGCAGAAUCAUCGUUCGAGGGGCCAGACGAAGGAUCACCUGAAGGUGAUGAAGCUAUGCAGACAGUGCGAGCGCUUUCUGAUGCUCCCAGAGGCGUAUCCGUGGCCAACAGCUCCUUUAGCGAAGACACAUUAAGAUCGACCUUUUCGAAGAGCAAGCAGUCAAGGCAAUCAACUGCCGAGGUCGUGCCUGGCUUUGGGCGAGCUGGAAGGAAGGCCACUUUGAGAUCAUCCCAUACUGGUGAAGAUCUCGCGCGCUUGCGGGGGCGGAGUGAGUCACGGAAGGGUAUGAAUUUCACUCCGUUGAAAGCCAGAAAAUCAGGCCAAUCACAGCGGAGGGCAAAGGUGAACUUUGGCGAGGCCAAGCAAGAUGGCAAGGCUUCGAAGGAGAAAAGAGUCGCCAUUCCUUUUAAGGUCUUGAGUUGGAGCUCACAAAGGCGCAGCUACCGCUGUGCUGCGAAAAACUUGGAACAG